UUCAAAAACAUAACCUACUUGCUGUUUCUGUUUGAAAUUCCGAUAAACGAUUACUUAUUAAUUUAUAAUAAUGGAAAUUUCAUUAGAUAUUGUGGAUAAUCUCAAGAAAACUUAUACGAAGCCACUAUAUACUAAAGAUCUAUCUGAACACGGGCAAAUUACUUGCAUCGAACUCUCUCAAUUUGAACUGUCUCAAGAUGUGGUUCUUAUUGGAUUUGGAAAUAAAAUAUUGCUUGGAUAUUUCAAAUUUACUGACAAUGUAGAGUUAGAAAUAAUUUCUGAAUUUCCAAUUCCAUGUCGAUGUACAUGCUUGAGUAUAUCACCAGAAACAAGUUUAAGUGCAGUUCCUAACUCAUUAUCCUUUUGCGGAGCAGGAACAGAUUUCAAAAUCAGACAUAUAAAGACUGAUUUAGAGAAUGAAAGCUUUUGUAAGAUUUUGAGUGGACAUACUAGUUAUAUCAAUGAUGUCAAAUUUGAUUUAGAUGAUAAAUAUUUAGCAUCAGUUGGGGAUGAUAAUACCCUUAGAAUUUGGGAAUUAGAAUCUUACAAAUGUACUACUCUUCAUUUGAAUUUUGCAGGAGUAGCAGUUCAAUGGCAUAAAGAUGACCCCUCUAAGCUUUUGAUUGCUGAUAAAGUGGGAGUAAUUAGACUUUAUAAUACUGAAACUUUGAAGCCAAUAUUAUCUUUUGAUUCCGGGAAAUUACUCUCCUCAUGUCACUGGUCUCCAUCUAACAACCAAGAUAUUGCCUCCUUACAAUUAGGAGAGUUGUCAGUUUGGGAUAUAACUACUCCAAGUACCCCAAUCAUUACUUCAUUAGUUUUCACUGAGGCAGGAGGUUACCUCAAGUUCAGCCCUCAAGGAGAUUUGAUAGCAGCUCUAAACCCUUUAGAGGGUACUUUAAAGGUAUUUAAAACACGAUUGCUUGAAUUGAAGUUUUCAACAUUCAUCAGUUUAGCUACUAAUUUUUGUUGGCAUUAUAAAUAUCCACUUAUUUGUGUGGGAGAUGAUAGCAAAUUCUGUAUAUGGAAAGUAAAUACACUAUAGCCUGAAUAAAUAUUCUUUAUUUUUCUA